CAUGAUCCAUGCAGAAAGGGUCAACCAAGGUGUCAGAGCUCGGGUUCAGAGAUGUUUCCAUUUGCAUUUACUUGUCCCCUAUAAAUGUUCUCCGCUCUAGGCCUACAAUGCUGGACCCGCUUUGUCCUCCCCCGUAGCAUUUCCCCGAUACGUACUCACUAGUUCAUUGAGCGUCAUUCAGGUUUGCGAUGGAUAUUAAGCAGAUUGAAGCCCUGUCUUCAGUGAUCUCAACCUCGGUCGCUCAAUUGAAGGAACUGCAAGCAUCGCUCAAGACAACGGAUCACUCCGCGUCGACUGCCCGGGCUGAGUUCCUCAAGCCCUCCUUGGAGGUGGUAGCAGCUGCGUCGCAGCUGAUUGCCCUUGUUCGCACGCCUGAGCGCUACCUCAUGGAUAUGUCAACUGCUCAUCAAAUCAGCUCGUCAUUGCGUGUGGUCGUGGAGACCCAUGUGACCGAGAUCAUUCGUGAGAAAGGCAAGGGUGCCAUGAAGUCGUUGCACAUCAAAGAGAUCAGCGCAUACAACCAUGUCAACUAUCUAAAGCUUGGACGAGUCCUGCGCUUGCUGGCGACACAUCACAUCUACGAAGAGGUCUCCCCGAACGUUUUCGCUAACAACAGCAUAUCCAUCGUGAUGGAUACAGGCAAGUCCCUGGCUGAGCUUGAUGCGAAGCCGGUGGAGAAAUACGAUGGCAGCAACGGUAUCGCGGCCUUGGUCGGUCUCUUCUCGGACGAAACCAUGCACAAUUCCGUUUGCAUUGCGGACAUCCUGAAGAAUCCCGAGACGACAAACUCCUUCUCACCUUUCGACGCGCCGUUCUCGAUAGCUUGGCCGGGCACAAAGAAUAUCAAGAUGUAUGACUGGCUCAAUCUGCCGGAGAACCUGCCCCGCCUAAAGCGCUUCGGCAUGGCCAUGAAUGGUAUGAACAGCAUGACCCCGCCUGAUGCGAUUUUGCGAGGCUUCAACUGGUCUAGCCUUCCUGAAGGAAGCGUCGUAGUCGACUGUGGUGGAGGUGUCGGCUCGGUGUCCCUUCCCAUCGUACAGACCUGCCCGCAAAUCCAUCUUGUCGUACAAGACACAGGACCUGUGGUAGCAGAGGCGCCGGCGUUCUGGCAAACGAAGCAGCCUGAGGCUUUGGCACAAGGCCGAGUGUCGUUCCAAGCGCACAACUUCUUCGAACCACAGCCUGCUGCUAAUAGCAACGUUUCUGUCUACUUGUUGCGGAUGAUUAUGCACAACUGGCCGGAUGCAGAGUGUGUGCAGAUUCUCAAGCGUUUGCACCAGAGCAGCACCAAAAACACUCGAAUCGUCAUCGUCGACAACAUCAUGUUGUAUGCCUCUCGCGAACAGAACGUCGAGGGACAGGAUACCGGCGCGUCCGACCCCGAGGCGCUCGCGCCAGAGCCCUUGUUGGCGAACUGGGGCGCUGCAAACUCGCUCUCGUACAAGCAGGAUAUCAACAUGCUGAGCAACCACAACGCAUGCGAACGAACCCUCCCUGAGUUCGCAGACUUGCUCGGACAAGCAGGUUUCCGCAUCGUUGAGGUGCAUCAAGCUCACCAGAGCUGGUUGCCGCAGAUUGUAGCCGUGCCAGUGUAGGCCUGAAUGGUCUGCUUGAGACGAGGUUCUGUGAGUUCAAUCGGACAAUUGUCUUUCGGUGCAUUGGAGUGGCGUUGGUAUUCAACACACUUGAUACAGCAGUGGCGAUCGAUCUGGUGUAGUUUGCGCAAAUCAUUGUAUAGACAAGAAACCGUCAAUGGAUUUGAUUAGCGGUGCUUGCGCGUGCACAUAUCU